AUGGGGUGGGCCACGGUUUCGGAUCGCAGAUCGCGGCCCAAGCAUGCAAGCGCCGCAGCAACCCGACUAGUCAGAUCCGACAGAACCUCGUGCAGAUGCGUUACCGACGGAAAGGCACACUCCAGCCCCUGGAAAGGCGUGGCUCUUACAGAAACAGGAGAAGCAUUAUCCACCUCCAUCUCGAACAACGUGCGAGAACUACAUGCAAUAUCAGAAGUCUAG